AUAACGACAAUUGUUGUGUUUACUGAAACGUAAACGUGCGGAGUGGGUGACCCCCUUCAGGGCGGGGCCUGACGGGCCGGCCCUCGCGCCGCCAGGGCCCGCUGCAGUCAGUGUCGCGCAACGCGCCCUAACGCACCUCUGACAUGUGACGGUACAGCAUGGAAGACUGCGAUUUGAGUCAGUACCGCGACAUGAUCAUCGAGGGUGACCUACCGCUCGACUUGCGACCGCCGCCGCGUCUGUAUCUACCGCAUUAUCUACGUGACGACCGCGAGGAGUAUCCACAGGAUGACACCUACGUAUCUGUAGACGAGGACACGCCAGAUCUACCGCCUCCGUCGAGCGAUUCUGAGAGAUACGAAGCGUCAAGCCCAAGCGAAUCGAAACCCAGUUCCCCGAAGAAGCCGAAGCAGAAGUCAUCUUCUCAACUCAUUAAGCCGCCCUAUUCUUAUAUUGCACUGAUAACGAUGGCCAUCUUACAGUCGCCGCACAAGAAGUUGACGCUGAGCGGGAUCUGUGAGUUUAUUAUGACAAGAUUUCCAUAUUACCGCGAAAAGUUUCCCGCUUGGCAAAACUCCAUCCGUCACAAUUUAAGUCUUAACGACUGUUUUAUAAAAAUCCCUCGCGAGCCCGGCAAUCCAGGGAAAGGAAAUUAUUGGACGUUGGACCCGUUGGCUGAAGACAUGUUUGACAACGGUAGUUUCUUGCGCCGUCGGAAGAGGUAUAAGCGACCAGCGCCCUCACUGCAGCACGCUCACGCGAUGGUAGCGAUGCUCGCAAGAGAGGCUUACGCUCCUCUCCUGCCCCUGCCGUGCUAUUUGCAGCCGUCGCCACUGUUAACACUGCCGCGACCGCCGCCGGCGGCUCUGAGACCGGUUGCUCUGCCGCCGCGUGUUCCAGAGAUGACGGAUACUCGAGUGAAAAGAUCUAGAAACGGAUUCUCAAUCGAAUCUAUAAUCGGAUCUCAGGAGAGUCACGUGUCGGAGCCUAGGCGGAGUGCCUUCUCGCCGCUGCAGCAGGGCAGCGGGCCACCAGACGACUGGGCGAGAUGAACGUUCUUUCACGGGUGCGUUUCUAAUCAGAAUCAUUUUUAGAACGUCCCGAUUGACACAGUUUUGGAUUAAAUAAGAAGGAAUUAUAAUUUUAUAACAUGCGAGUGUUGGACGAUUUCUUAUACAUGGUCGGAGAGAGUGUCAUUUAAAUAAAACAUUUGUAAAUAUGAACUCGCGACGGGUAUAUUUUGUUAGAAGUUGUUUUGGUUGGAAUAUACUUAAUGACCAAAGCAGUUAGUUACCAGACGACGUAUUAUAUAAGUAUUUCUGUAAAAUCUGACUACUCAAAAUUUAUGAAGAAAUAUCAACAGCGUGUUGGAAAAGACAGCACUAAACAAAUAUUAUGAAUUUCGUCCGCUAAAUAAUUAUAAUGUUAAGAGAACGUGCCAAGAAUAUUCUUAUGUCACUACUUUUUGGAAAUGAAUAUUGAAUUAAUGAUAUUUUUUAAUCAUUCGAUUUGCAAAAUGCUUAUUAGAUUUAAAACAAUUGUUUAUUUAAAUCGAUUAUUCGUAUCGAUAUUUUAUAUCAACUUUAGAAUCUUAAUAUUUAUAUUCAAUUGAAAUGUAUUUUAUAAAUUCAAAUUUCAAAC